ACAAAUUUGCUUUGCUUGCUGAAUUCGGUCGUUGAUUUUCCAGGGAUGUUGAAAUCUGUCGCUUCGCUAGACUACAUCAAGUUCUCUCUUGCCGCAAUUGAGAAAGGACUGCAACUGUGUGCUCAAAAAGCAAAACAGACAGGGCGACCGUUUGAGCAAAUGAUGCUCGUAUUCGACCUGGAUCACAUCGGUUCCGCGCACUUCUCAUGCAAGCAGUUCGCCAGCUCGUUCACGACCCUCGUCACUCUCUUCCAGGAGCACUAUCCACUCGUGUUGAGGAAAAUCCUCAUUAUCAGGUCACCGGAAAUGGCUCGAAUCGCUUACGCUUCUAUCACAGCCAUUCUCAGCGACCCGAUCACAAGACUUAUUGAGAUGCCUUCUGAAGCCGACUGGAAAUGGGCCUUAGCACAGUAUGUGAAUUUGGACGCAUGGCCAAUCCACUGGGGAGGAAAUCUAUCCGAGAAUGGUGAUCCGAAAUGUCCAGCGACUAUCCGAUAUGGUAUGGGUCCAGUUCCGUCCGAUUAUUACGUCGAUCCGAAGAAGGCGAUGCCGGAUUACGAUCAGUUGACGACGGUAUACGCAGGAGAUAAGCACUUAAUUUCAAUUCGUAUCAAGGAGAAGAGCAAAAUAUGCUGGCAAUAUAUGACGGAUGAUGACGAUAUCGGCUUUGCUAUCCAUUUUGACCCGUCCUUUCAGGCGAACAACUUGACAGAAAUGGAAGUUGUCUAUCCGUACAUCCGCCUCGAAUGCACAAAUGUUCCGAUUUCUGGGCACUAUGUGGCUGAAAAAGCGGGAAACUAUAUAAUCGAGUUCGACAACUACUACUCGUGGUUUUCAGCCAAGCAGCUUCGUUAUAACAUUGAAAUUGAAGAAAUGUAG